UCAUUGCAUCACUAGGCCAGAAGGAAUCAAAGCCAGUCUCAACAGCGACUGGUAGUCAUUCACAGCAUAAGGAGAUCAUUAAAACAUAGAGCAAAAGAAACAUUUUCUUAACCAGGAAAUGAUCUGUAGCGGCAAGUACAAACAACACAUGGACUAGAUAAUUUGUUUCAUCAAUACAAUAAAAACAAAUAACAAUAGGUGAUUUGGUACAUGUAAAAUUGGAUUUUUUAGAUGAAUAGUAUUGGCAGAACCAAAUCAUACAUACUAAAUAAUAAUGAUUACACUUACUAAAUUUAGCAUCUAAAAAGACUGACUGGAAUACAAAACACAAGGAUUGGGGUUAAUUUAGAAACAUAUAACUUUUAUUUUGUGAGAAUCUGCAGGAGACAAAGAAAACGCUGACAUUAUAUAAUUUGAAAAUCAAUGUCAACGGCAUAAGCCACUACCAGUCAAACCUAAAGUGAAACAUACGUAUGGGAAUGGGUUGUUCAGUCUCGGCACAACUCACUGUGCAGGAUGGUAAAGCUGACUGCGACAAUAACCAGAAUGAAGAAUCACCAAAAAGGCUCACAAAACCUGACCCAAGGUGUCCCCUAUCUGAGAGGCAAAUAUUUGCACUGUCAAAGUCGUGGAAAGGAAUCUCAAGGAACAUGAAAGACGCUGGAAUGCUUAUGUUCCUUAGAUUAUUUGAGACCAACAAAGAGCUGAAAAAACUAUUUGGUGAUCAAUUCAACAAACUUGAUACAGCCAGUGAGAUGAUCGAGAGUAAGACACUUGAAAACCAUGCUUUUAUGGUUAUGUGUACCAUCGAUGAUGCGAUAUGCAAUAUUGACGAUAUUGAUUACGUUUUAACACAACUUGCAUCUGUUGGACGUUUUCAUACUAAAAUCAAAAGUUACGACGGUCGCAACUUUGAGAAAAUAGAAGACCCAUUUCUAAUGGCAGUAAAGGAAGUCCUAGGUGACAGAUACAGUAUCAACAUUGAUUUGGUCUACAAAAAGACAAUUCACUUUAUCACUGAAACUCUGUCAACUUCAUUUGAUAGGGAAGCAGCCCGUAUCAAAGCAGAAGCUUUGGAAAAUGACAACAUAAAUGAAAAUGAUAUUGACAAAGAUGUUGAUACAGUUGCACUGAUAGAAACAUCAGACAGCCAAAUUAUAGAUUCCAACAAGGCGAAUAAUAUAGAUGAUAUAACCACAAAGAUUGAAGAUGUGGCAUGAAUACUUUUCAAGUUUUAUCAAAAACUUGGCAGAUUGUUCAAUUUAAUUGUUAGACACUGCUGCGACUUCCAAAGUGUUAAGUGCAGAGGGCAUUUUUGGUAUAGCUCACCUCCCAUAAAAGAACACUGGAACAGUAUUCUGGAAACAUUAAUUACACAUGUGUUUUACAUAUGAACCUGAUUUGGAUAGGAAACUGCAUGAAGGAUUACACACAUUAAGGUAAAAAUGUAAGAAUGAGAAAAAAACAUGCCACAGGUAAUAUGUCAGUAUUAUCUGGGAGAUAAGUCAGUCAAUGUGAAAUGAUAUAUUCAUUGAAGCAGAAAAAUGGAAGAUAAAGAUAAAACUACAAUGAGAUUCUUGCAGCUUUCCAAUAAUCUCUGCAUAAUAUACAUACAGGUCAGCUAAUAUAAGAAUGCAACUUGUGCCACUUAUGGCGAUGUGGAUGUAACAGCACUAGAAUGAUUCCAAAAGGUGUCAAUAAAGCAAAGAAUAAAAUAUACUAUAAACAUACUGUAGAGCCAAUGUAGUUAUUUUACACAGAAGUAUUAACAAAGAACUGCUCAGAGUGAGAGUGAAGAGAAAAAAUUGAUGAACCAGACCAUGAUGGUUGUGGAAGAAUGAAUUAAAUACAUGUAGUGAGACUUAUAAACCAUAAAGAACUGGAGAGACAAAUUCAUAAUGACCAUAAAGGAAUUCAUAUAACAGGAGGAUAAACUGUGUAUAUAAUGGUGACAAAAAAAACUGUAAGGAAUAUGGUUCAUUGAACCAUGAAAGAAUCAAACAG